GUCAAAACAAAUCGCGAGUGCAUGUUCUGAUUUUCCUUCUUCCUUGCAGACAUCCUGAUAUCACAGUUUCCUACAAUUAUUUUUGCAUAACACUUUACUAAGUUCUAAAUACUGCUUAGAAAAUGCCGACAUACGAGCUAGCACUUAUUCUACGACAAAUGCCAAGGCCGGAAAUGGUGUCUGUGUUGAAGCGUACCGCAAAUGCUAUUUUCGACAAAGGUGGCAUAAUCCGUAAGCUAGACAACUUGGGUACCCGGCCUUUACCGUUCAAAACCAGUGUCCACGGGCUGGUGCACCGCACUGGGUCCUAUUUUGUGUAUAAAUUUGACACACCGCCUUCCACAGUAGAAGAUUUAGAGGAAGAAUACGGUCGCGACGUGGACAUUAUUCGGAAGCGAAUCUACAAAGCGGAUGCCACACUCCAAGAACAAGUAAGCUGCACCCUUCACGAAGAAAUGCUUCCUCCGGCGUACAGGAAGGAAGUCCAAAAGAUGGUCGCCACUGCAAAUAAGAACAAAACGAAGGGUUUCCAGUACAAUACUGGGUACGAUUAUUAUCCCUUCCAGAAAUAGAAUACCAGCAGCCCAAAAGUUUUUAUCAAUAUACCUAGAUGUUAUAGCUUAAAUCA